GUUUCUCUUUAAAUAGAACGGUGUCGUAAGCUCGAGACACUCACGCUCUACUACAACAAACGACGACACAGCUGACAAACAUGGAGAAAAUACUUGAGAUUAUUUGACGAAGGAAAUCCAAAAAUGGACCUCACUCGCCAGAAAAUGAAGCGACAUCACAUCGACGCACAUCAGUCACCGACAAAUACGCGAAAUCUGUUGGUUUUUGACGAGGAAUACCAGAAUACGUGAGGAUAUUUUCGUUGUUGUCGGCCCAAUAAGUGAAGAAAUGGCCGCGGUUGUUGGUUCCGAGCGGGCUGCGAUGGAGAGGUUCGGUAGCGGAGGCGCGGCGCUGCUGCCGUGGACUAAACAGAUGCUCACCGUGCUGUGGGAACAGCUCCGACUGCUCCUUCAGGUCAUCUACUACACCUUCGUGUCGGUUUUCCAGAUGUUCAGGUUUGAGGUUCACGUGAGAAUCUCCGACGAGACGGGCCAGCGCAUCCAGCACAUGACCACGGCGGCAAACCAGACCGACUCCUUCCUCUUCUCCUCGCUGUUCGACGGCGACAGCGGCGUGAUGGUCGGCGGCGCCAACCCCCUCUCUGACUUCUGCGCCGACGUGGGCGACCCCUUCGCCGGGAAGUCCGGCGCCGAGGCCCUGCUGUCCACCCUGCGCGCCGACGACCUGUGCUGCGGCAUGGUGGACGUCUCCGCCAACGAGGACGCCGUCUUCCUGGGACGCCAGUCCGGCUGGAAGAUGGGCUUCCCCGGCGACUGGAACAUCUUCGUGUCGAGCGCCGACGGCUCCGGCUCCAGCGACGGCUGCCGCAGAGCCGGCGAGAGGCCCUUCAGCCAGGACGCCUCCGAGGAGGAGAGAAGCUUCCAUUGGAGCAGCGAAGACGACCAGAACGUGGUGGAGUUCGACAGCGAGGAGAGCAAGGCGCUCUGGGAGUCGCUGUCCAAGUCCAGCGAUCCGUACAACCCCUUCUUUUUCUCCGCGUGCCUCUCGACCAACGAGCGCACGGGGAGAAAUAAAGGAAAGGGCACGCGGGGCGACCCCGACCUCGUGUCGGCGGGUGAGGAAGAGGAGGAGGAGGAGGAGGAGGCGGCGGCGCCGCGAGGCCUCAGCGUCUGGGUCAGCCGCAGCGACAGCGAGAGCAGCUGGAGCAGCUGGGCCAGCUCCGAGGGGUCCAGCCCCGGCGUGGACGAGGAGAGCGAGAGGCUCCUGGAGUUCUUCAGCAGCCCCGACGACCCCUACAAUCCCAUGUGCUUCACCGCGUGCACGUUCAACAGCACGCCGCCUCGAACCGCCGCCGCCGCGGCCCCCAAACCACGGGCCUCGCCCCCCGCACCCCCCUCCAAGUCGGACUCUGAGGAGAAGGAGGGCAGCUCUCCCCCUUCGUCCGACGAGGAAGAAGAGGCCCUGUGGGAGUGUCUCGGCCAAAAGGACGACCCGUACCACCCCCUCAACUUCCGGGCCCGCCUGCAGAGCUCCCCGGCGUCCGCGCCGCCGCCACUCGGAGACGAGCUAGAAUCGGUUGAUGUGCGAGAGCCCCAGAAAGCCAGAGCCGCCAAGCCCACGCUGACGGAGAGGAAGUUGAAGCGCCACGCCCACCCGGAGAAGACGGCGGUGCCCUGGAAGAGGGCGGAGCGAAGCCAGCAGGCGCCGACGCCGGAGAAGAGCAGAGGCCAGAGCGGCGGCGCCCGAAAAAAGGUCCAUUUUUCUCCUGAGGUCCAAGUCCACGUCAUGCGGACCUGGCCGUUCGCCCGCCAGGCGUCUCGCAAAGGACACUGGGAGGAAAUGGCGCGCGACCGCGACCGCUUCCGGCGGCGGGUCCGGGAGGCGGAGCAGACGAUCGGCCGCUGCCUGUCCCGGGACCACCGGGAGCGGGUGCGCGCCUCCCUGGACGCUGCCCCGAGAUGAACACACAAAGAACAACACGGGACGUUUCGCCUCCUCUUCCGGAUGAGAGCUCACGAUUGGUUGCCAUGCGACGGUGGUUUUGAUUUUUUUAGGCCAAUUAGGAACUUUGAUGUUAGGCCAACUUUGAUGUUCGGUGUCAAGUUGAACAACCUUGUACCUCAGAAGGGUUUAUACAUUUUGUGACUGUUGCACUGACUGACACUUUCUCCUAUUAACGUGUGGAAUGUUGUUUUUGUAUGCCUUAUACACUGACCUAGUAAUGUAACUUAUUUAUGCCCUAUGGAGCUGGUUGUCUAUUUUUUACCGUUGGUUUAAAUUGUUUGUUUUUAUGUGUGUGAACAAACCACAGUGAUGAAGCUAGAAGUUCAAAGUAGAUGUUGAUGGUGAAGAAGACAACGUGGCGAUUUUGAAGUUCUGUUUUAUUGAUCGAGUGUGUAAGCUCUUGAUUAUUAGACGGAACAUGAAGCCUUGUGGAGAUGGAAGUUAUUCCGAGCUUCUCGUGGUAACAUCAUGCAGAUCAUAGCAAAUCUGUCAGUUGGUCCUUCACCUCGUCAAUAAAAUGUGUUCCACUGUU